CCCUCCCGUCCGGAGAUGGGCGGCGAGGCUGCAGCCCCAUCGGGAAAGGGAGGGAGGCGUGUGGCCGGCAGAUCCGGGCGAGGAGGAGCGCAGGCCGCGAGGAGAGGGGCGGCUCUUCCCGCGGCAGAGGGUAGCUUCUUGGAAGGAAGGAAAAACAGGCGGGCUCGGGGAUUCCCGGGGAAGAAGGAAGGAACAACGAUGGCGGAACAGAGGGUUGUGGUACCCAAAGAAGCAGGAACUGAGAAUGAGGGUAGAGACCCUCUCAUUGUUCAGGUCAAGACCACGGGGGACUGCUUGACCAGCAACGGCCCAUCCUAUAUUAAUCUGCAGUCCCAGGAGGAAAUCCACCAAUGCUGGGACUUCCAUUUGCAGAAAUUCCUGAAAAGUGUGGCAGUGCUUCCCGCAACACUGCCUCCCUUGGAGGAAAAUGCCACAGAAUCGCAGGCCUCCACGGGGAGAGACAAGGAGAAUCCGCAGCAAGAGAUUUCUGGGUGGUCCAGAGGGGAAUCCGUGCUCCAAAGAGAUCCGAACAUCAGUGCAAAAGCUUGGACGGGCAGGGAAAAGCUGGAUUUCUGCAUGAAGGUGAAGGUGAAAGAGACUUUGAAGGAAGUUGACCUCGGGAGCCAGUGGCCCCUGCAGCUCAGGCAGUUCGGUCCUCAGGAUGCUGAGCAGCACCAGGAGAUGUCUUCAAAGAGAAAGAGCUCCGGUACAACCGAAGGAAGUAAAAAGAAGCAAAGGAAAGUCAUCAGCCUCAAUUUGAAGAUGAAGAUCAUAAAAGCCUACGAGGCUGGGAAGAAAGUGACUAAUAUAGCUCAAGAGGAAGGCCUGGCCCACUCCACCAUCUCCGCCAUUUUGAAGGACAAGGAACGGAUCAAAGAGGCCACGAAAGGAUCAUCGGGAAUGACCACGAGCAUAAUAAGGAAACAAAAACACCUUGUCCACGAAAUGGAAAAACUCCUCAUCCUCUGGAUCGAAGAUCAGAUACAGAAGAGGCUUCCAGUGAGCCUUUUCCUCAUUCAGAAUAAAGCACGCAGCAUUUUCUCGACGCUGAAAGAACGAGCAGGCGAGGAAUGCACCGAAACAUUCACGGCCAGCCGUGGCUGGUUUAUGCGAUUCCAGCUAAGAUUUCAUUACCAGAAAACACAAAGAUUAGGUAAAGCUGACAAAGAAGCUGGCAAACACUUUCCGGAUGAACUUGAUAAUGUUGUAGCAGAAGGGAACUAUUUCGCUGAACAGAUAUUCAGAGUGGACGAAACUGGAUUGUAUUGGAAAAGAAUGCCAGAGCGGACCUACAUACACAGAGAAGCCCAAGCAAUGCCUGGGUGCAAAGCAUUUAAGGAUAGAGUAACCUUACUAUUGGGUGGAAACGUCGCCGGAUUCAAGCUGACGCCAUUCCUGAUCCUCAAAUCAGAUCACGCCUGUAUGUUCGAAAACAUAAGCAAGGACACACUGCCCGUUUAUUACCGGUUUGAUUGUAAGGCCUGGAUGACGCAUGUCCUCUUUGAGGAUUGGUUUACGAAUUGUUUCAUACCUCAAGUAAAGGAAUAUUGUUGGCAAGAGGGAAUAACGUUUAAAAUUCUGCUGCUCCUAGACAAAGCACCUGGACACCCCCUGCAUCUCGACAGUCUCCACCCUAAUAUAAAGGUAGUUUAUCUACCCCAAAAUACCACCACUCUCGUACAGCCGGUGGGCCAGGGAGCUAUCUCAGCAUUCAAGGCCUACUAUUUGCAUGCAGUGUUUGCCAACGCCUUCGCCGCAGUGGACGACGAAAAGCUAACACUGAGCGAGUUUUGGAAAAGCUACAAUAUUCUGCAUUGUAUCGAAAACAUUGUAGCAGCUUGGCAGGACGUUAAUGUGAAAUGCAUGCAAGGGUUUUGGAGAAAGUGCUUGAAAUGUUUUCCUCUCCUUGUCAAUAAUUCGGUAGGAUUUGACCAAAACCAAAAUGUGGACGAAAUAAAUAAGAAAAUUUUGACACUCGCAAAUUUCCUUGAUUUAGAGGUCGAUGCUAAAGAGGUAAAAAAAUGGAUAGCUUAUGCGGAGGGAGAGCUUUCGAACGAAGAGUUAAUUGAACUGAAAGAAGAACUGGAAGCCCAAAAGGUGGUGGAAGAAGAGGUAGAGAAAGAAAAAGUAGAAAAAGAAAAAGUAGAAAAAGAAAAAGUAGAAAAAGAAAAAGAAAAAGAGAAAGUUGUCGAAAUUCAGCCCAAAACGUUCAGUCUGAAAAGAUUGGCUGGUGUUUUUUCGGGUGUUAACAAAGUUUUAUCAGAAUUGAAACGUAUGGAUCCAGACGUAGAACGUUUUAGUAAGGUACAUUGGGAAAUGAGUGAAAUCUUAAAAUGUUACCGUGAAAUAUAUGAAGGGAAAAAGAAAGAAAGGAAUAGUAAAGAAACCAAACAGAGGGACUUCCGGAAGGAAGUUACUCCUUCUCCAGCUCCACUUCCCUUCCUUUCGCCCAUCCCGUCUACAGGAAUACAACACCAGGAGGAUCCACAGCCGUCAACCAGCUAUGCCAGCCGAUUCGCUCAUCCUGAAAACGCAGAAAACUAUGAAUAUUUUCAAGGAUUUAUAUCCAAUUUUAUGUACGCAGGAGCCCCAAAGGAUACAGUACAAAAAUCUCCCAAAUUGGAAGAAGAGACCUUUGAGAUACGGAAAGUAAAGAUUCCCCUGGACAUAAAGCAAGAGAUUGAUGGAGAGGCCAAUUCACCAGAAUAUGACAUAUGACAGAUACACAAGAAGAAGACCUUAUGGGAAGAUAAAGUGGGAAGAUCUGAAGAAAUUGACAUUUGCAAGCAUUAGGAAUGAGUCAAAAGAUUAUUUUUCUGGGGUCCGAGAUUAUAGGAAAGCCAAUAAAUCCAGUGGGAGCACAAAGGCACUCAUGAAAGAAAAGCCAGUUCUUUCCUGUCUGACGAAGGUGAUCAAAACAUAAAUGAAGCCAAUUUUCAGUUUGGGGAAAAAGGCCGGAAUUAAAGAGGAGCCAGCAAUGUUGUGCAACCAUCCAUGUUCCAGAUACUCCACAUGUGCAACCAAAGGAUAACCUGAAUAAAUAUCCCUGUGAGAAAAUUCACAGCAAAUCUUCUUUUAUUCAACAGGGGAGCACACUCCCACAGCAAGAGAAAACUACAUUUGCUCAGAGCGUGGGGAAUUUUGCUUGGAAGAAAAAAGCUUAUGAAGCCCACACGAAUCCACACAGUAGAGAAGUCAUAAAUGUUCAAAUUGCAGCAGUGCAAAAUCUGAUUAAACAUAAGAAAUCCCAUGUAGGAGAAAAGCCAUACAAAUGCAGUGAACAUGGAAACGCUUCUGAGGGAAAAGGGGAUUCUAGUCAACCUCCUGAGCAUAUACAGAAGAGAAAAGCCACAUAAACACUCUCUGACUGUGGCAAAAGCUGCAUUGGUCAAGAAACUGUCAUCAAACAUGAGAGGGCCCAUAACAGAAGAGAAGUCGCAUGAAUCCAACUUGGUGAUCCACUUAACAGGUUCAUACAAUCACACAAAUGCUCAGUGCGUGGAAAAGUUUCUGUAGUUUUUCCAUGUUUCAUAAACACACGAAAAUCUAUCUGUGAAGAACAUCCUAGACAGCCAGGGUUGCUGUUCAGAAUGACGUAACAUGCAGUUUCAGAAAGACGAUAUUAGUAGACAAUUGAGAGUCGAACACAAAGGGGCAUUUGGUGGUUUUUAAAAAUAAGGACACAUUAAAAUGUUUUUAAAAC